AUGGACAAGCAUUUGAAGUCUCUUGCAACAAGUCAUCUUGAUGCCAAAUUUGUUAAGCUAGAUGCAGAGAAUGCCCCGUUCUUUGUGACAAAACUAGGAAUCAAGACAUUGCCAUGUGUCAUAUUGUUCAGAAAAGGAAUUGCAGGAGAUAGGAUCGUUGGGUUUCAAGAUCUUGGAGGAAAAGACGAUUUCAGCACAAGAAAGUUAGAAGCUUUAUUGAUCAAGAAAGGUAUAAUUGAGGAGAAGAAAAAAGAUGAGGAUGAAGAAGCUGAAUAUGACGAAAGUAGACGGAGGACAGUCAGAUACUCUGGAAUUCAUGAUUCCGACUCUGAAUGAUAAAAAAGAGAAACUUCUCAAAAAUAGUAAUUCCAUUUCCAAAUCCUAUCUAUUAAAUUUUUGCAAAUUAUAAGUAUGGUGUGUUUACAUAUAAAUAGUCACUAUCUAGUUCAUCAUCAAAAUGUAGGUAUUUCUGUCGGGGUUGUGUAUUAGCUCUGUGAAGUUUUGUAGUUGAAAUUCAUAUGCAUGAAUUCCUUGAGAGUUAUCAGUUUUAGUAGUGUUAGAAGUGGGUUC